AUGAGCAUCGACUUAACUAGAGACAGUCCCACCGCUUCACAAAAAUCUCCCAAGGGCGAAGACGGCGGCUCGGGCCUGACCCUGCUCUCGUGGAACGUGGACGGCCUGGACACGGAGAACCUGAUUGAGCGCGCCAGAGGCUUUUGCUCCUACUUGGUGAUGUACACUCCCGAUGUGGUGUUGUUGCAGGAGCUCAUUCCACCCUACGUGCAGUAUUUGAAGAAACACGCUGUCAGCUACUUGAUCAUUCAAGGUUGCGAAGAAGGCUACUUCACCGGCAUGAUGCUAAAGAAGUCUUGCGUGAAGCUAGUGGAGAGUGAGAUCGUCACUUACCCGACUACGCGGAUGAAUCGUAACCUGCUCAUUGCAAACGUGACGCUGCGGGGCGCCAAGGUGCGUCUAAUGACGUCGCACUUGGAGAGCUGCAAGGACCACUCGGGCGAACGCAUGACGCAGUUGCGCGAGGUGAUGCGACGCAUGCAGGACGCGCCCGAUGACGUCAGUGUGGUGUUCGGCGGCGACACCAAUCUGCGAGACGCUGAAGCGGCAGCCGUGGGCCUCCCCCCCGCUGUCUGCGACGUGUGGGAACGUCUGGGGAGCCGCGAGCACGUCCGCUACACGUGGGACACCCGCGCUAACACCAACAAGAGCCACCGGUACACCAGCCGCUUCCGCUUCGACCGCCUGUACCUGCGGCCCGCCUCCGCCCCCAGAACGCCUCGCCUGGCCUCCGACAGCAUGGCUCUGGUGGGCUUGGAGAAGCUGGACUGUGGACGCUUCACCAGUGACCACUGGGGAAUCUACUGCAGCUUCACCACCACCCACUCAAGCGACGAAGCGUCUUAA